GCCCCCUUCUUCUUUCGAAUCUCGGCUCAUACUUACAGAUAUGGCAGGAACAGAAGAACAAAUUACCAUAGGGGAAUCGAAAUUCGAAGGGUCUGGUGCACCCGUCGGUGCGAACGAGUCAGCACUCCCAGGUGUCUCCCAUCGAACCGAUGUAUACCCAUAUAUCGACCCGAAGAUCCACUACGCCUCGCAAGCCUUCAAGAACAAGGUCGUCUUCAUCACCGGUGCUUCGCAAGGUAUCGGAGAGGAGACGGCGAGGCAAUAUGCUCGCGCAGGAGCGACGCUAGUUCUCGCCGCUCGCUCUGUAGAGAACCUCGAGCGCGUGAAGAAGGAGAUCUUGACAGAGCUUCCCAAAGCUCAGAUCCUUACAGUGAAGGCGGACGUAGUGGUUCCUGAGGAAGUGAAGGCAGCAGUGGACACAGCUGUGGCGAAGUUUGGCAAGCUCGACAUCGUCAUCGCCAAUGCGGGAAUGGCUAACUCAUGGACGCAGCCUCUCGCGGAGAUGGACCCGAAUGAAUGGUGGAGGACGAUCGAGGUCAACUUGCGCGGAGUGUAUAACACAGUACACUAUUCUAUCCCUCAUCUCAACAAGACGAAGGGGUCCAUCGUCGCCGUCUCCUCCAUCGUAGCCCAAGUCCGGGUUCCUAACGCCUCAAACUAUUGCCUCUCGAAGCACGCCAUCGGCCGUCUCAUCGAAUAUAUCACCAUAGAAUAUCCCAACAUCCGCGCUUUCUCAGUAAACCCCGGUGGCGUCGAGACCGACACGAACCGAGCGACAGGUAUCAUGCCUCCCGGCGCGGUGUUCGAUACCGCCGCUUUGCCUGCUGCGACGUUCUUGUACUUGACCUCGGGAAAAGCUGAUUGGCUGUCAGGACGGUAUUACUCUGCAAAUUGGGAUUUGGGCGAGGUGGAGAAGGACUGGAAGAAGCAGAUUGUGGAGAAUGAAGGGCUCGUCGCAAAGCUUGUUAUCCCAGCCAAGUGAUCUCUCGCCGUGCGUUCUGAUUAGCGUAGUUUUCGUCGUUCAAUAAACAUGGGUGUAUUAUAAAAAUCACGUGUGGCGACAGAUAGAUCAUACGCCACUCAGCUAUUCACACUCCGCGGGUAUCACAUCGACACUCUUUCCCCGAAAGCUCCCGACAGAUAAUUGGAACAGUGAUUGCAAAGGUAACCGAAAAGCCGCACCCAAAGAAUCAAACGUCCACAAAGGCCACAACAAAACAGUCCAAGGUAUCGUAACUAGCUACUUUUAAGUAGAAGUCUUAGUCCGUUCGAAAAGUUGUCCAUCAUCUGAAAGCCCUAGAGAUAACUAUCCCAUAUCCUAAACACCUAUUAUAUCAAUGAAGCACCUGGGCCGUCCAAAGCGAGACCAGCAGUAUGCCAAAGCUAUCCCACAGAUUAAGCCAACGCCGCCACAAUCCCCGCGACACCAGCCAACAUCACCCCCGCCUUCGACAUCCCCUCACCCAAACCGACAGCAGCACCCGUAUUACCUCCACUCGCCGAGACAGUAGUCUGAGGAGCCCCAACACUCGCGACGUUGCUUCUCGAUGCCGAGGAGGAUGCAGACGAGGUCGUGAGCGGAGGCGCGCUCGUGAAGGACCCGACGGGUUCGGUGCGAGAUGUCGUCGCGACGAUACUAGUAGUCGUAGGGUGAGACAAUGAGGAUGAUGUUGUAGUGGGAACGACAGUCGAAUUGAGGGAGACGGACGUGGAAACGGAGGAUAGAGCAGUGCUGUUUGUGCUUGCCGUGGUCUGAGUUACGCUGGUGGGAAAAGUGACGGAGAUCGAGGUGCUCGCGCUCGCGGUGAUAGAGCUAGUGGCUUGUGAUCCCGACAGAGAUGAGGUAGCGCUGAUGAUAGUGGUAGAUCCGGACGAGUCCGUGGUGGUCACUGGCGUUGACGACGCUACGAUGGUGGUCGCAACACUGGAACUGGCGACCAAUGAGGUUGACUCUGUAGUAUUGGUGCUCUGUCCGUUCACUACAAGAACAUUCAGGAUUACAGCGACAGCGAAGAUGGUCUGCGCAAGAGAGAUACCAAACAUGAUGAAAAAUGGACAGAAAGAAAGGACAGGUGAGUUUUACAGAGCUGGGUCAAAGCAAGAAAGCG